UUGGGGGCAGCUCAAUGUAACCGCUAAGACCAAAUCAUAAAGGGGAUUGGGUUAGGCUAAGAUAGAUUUAGUUAGGUUAAAAUUGGUUCAGUUGAGUUUGCAGACCUCGCUAAAGGAAGCUAUGGUUAAGUUUGAUUAAGAUGUGGUUAGGUUAGUUUAGGUUAGGUUAAAUUAGGUUAAAUUAAGAUAGGUUAGUUUGGGUCACAUAUUUAACGUCUAAAAUAACUGCCAACUAACAGUAUAUAUUUACCUUGCAGAACAUGUCCGGAUAAAAUUCAAGAACAUUCGGACCUAUUUCCUGAAUCUCUACAGGAAGAUUCAGAAGGCACCAAGUGGAUCUGCUGGACAGCCUGGACAGAAGUGGCCUUUAUUUGAGACUGCAAUGUUCCUGGUGGACAGCCUGGUUGAUACCAGUAACACCACAUCUACUUAUGUGGUACCCAAUUCUGAGCAGGUUAACUUGGUGCCGACACUUUGCCUUUCACCAGAUGGCUUCAUGAAGGAGGAGGAAAUGCCUUGUCUAACUAGGCUGGACCUACAGGUGACAGAUUGCAAGACUGUGCCGUCUGGAGAGGUUACACGCUUGCAACAGGAAUCCAGCCCACAGCCAUCACCUGGUACUAGUAGCAGUGCUGAAGCUGGUGCUCCGUGUCACCAAAAAUUGCCAGUGAGGCCCACGGCAACAAGGAAAAGAAAGAGGCCAUCAAGUGUUGCCUCAGAUAUUGACUCUUGUGUGGAGACAUUGCAAACUUAUGUGAAUAAUAUUAACAAAAAAAAAAAUCAGCGUCUGUUGAGGCUUCAAGCUUGGGAAACAUUGUGGAAGCAACCUACGACAAACUUAUACAUACAAAUCAAAUAUGGUUCAUGCAAGAAGUUGUGAAAUUGGUUGCAAAAAUACUGUGAGUGGCGGGGAGGUGUACUGUGGAUGACGUCAUCACCCCUGCUCCCCCGUGCUCGGCCCUCUUGGAUGACAUGAGCGGAUACCGUAUCUGUGAAUUUUUCUUACCGUAUAUCGAAUCGAGGGUUGUAAUUUCCAAAUACCAUAACUGAAUUUACCGGAUAAAGAACUACUGUAUAACGAGGACUUACUGGAGUUGUUACGCUUGCUUAUAUGUUAUUCAAUAAAAUGUAUUUAGUUUU